UUGUUUCUACUGCUGCAGCUCUGCCUGACACACACAAGCACACGCACAUACACACGCGCGCAAUCACGGGCGCACGCUCGCAUCAGAUUGCACACUGUAAUGACAGCCCGGAUUCCUCUGGUCUCCCUCAGAAUACGACGCUUCCUCUUGAUGUUUGUGGCAAGGCAGCUAUGAGGGCAUCUUGAAAGGGGGAUCAUUCUUUUUGUAUCAAAAUGUAGACUUUAUUUAACUUUUCAUCCUGCCUUUAGCGUUUUCUUUAUUUGGUGUAUUGCUGUUGUGGAUAAAACCAUAGCACAAAAAUAUGAGUUUUGUGCGUGGGAUAUUUUUUUCCUUACGUCAAAAAUAGCCUACAUUCAUGCGUAACUUAAACGCAAUUCUGAAUAUAACUACAAAAGUUAACUAAUCGUGGAUGUAGUCAUGGGGGUAAACUUGAAUUUGCGAUAUCUAAACCAUUAACGUUUGGAUGAAUUGUUUAGCAUGAGAGCAGGUGAGUCAGUCUUCGUGUUUGUCUAGUGAGGCGACGCGCGCAUUGCCCACGGAUAGAACGAAGCCAAGUGUUGGAGAACGGUGAACGGCGCGGUGAACGGCGCAGUGAUCAGCGGUGAUCUGUGCUGGGGAUUACGCCUCCGAACACUGGGGAAAAGCCAGGCACGCCGAUAUGGGUUCUAAGCUGUGUGAUGGACGACUGGCGCACCUCCCACUCCUCCUGCUCCUCGUCCUCCAGGCCCUGCUACUGCUCUGCUCUGGUGAACGCACCUGCCCCCACAGCUGCCGUUGUGAGGGGAAAAUCGUCCAUUGCGAGUCAGCUGGCUUCUCAGAUGUCCCUGAGAACAUCUCAGUGGGCUGCCAAGGCCUCUCUCUCCGCUACAAUGACCUGCACACACUGCUCCCCUACCAGUUUGCCCACCUCAACCAAAUCCUCUGGCUCUACCUGGACCACAACCAGAUCUCUGCUCUAGAUAGCCGGGCCUUCCAGGGGGUCCGCAGGCUUAAAGAGCUGAUCCUCAGCUCCAACAAGAUCUCUCAGCUCCACAACGCCACCUUCCACGGGGUGCCCAACCUCCGCAGCUUGGACCUGUCCUACAACAAGCUGCAGAUGCUGCAGCCGGGGCAGUUCCAUGGCCUGAGGAAGCUGCAGAACCUCCACCUCCGCUCCAACGGCCUCACCAACAUCCCCAUCCGGGCCUUCCUGGAAUGUCGCAGCCUGGAGUUUCUAGACCUGGGCUACAACCAUCUCCGGGCCCUCACAAGGACCACUUUCCUGGGGCUGCAGAGGCUCAUGGAGCUGCACCUGGAGCACAACCAGUUCUCCCGGAUCAACUUCUUUCUGUUUCCACGUCUUGCUAACCUGCGGGGCCUCUAUCUGCAGUGGAACCGCAUCCGAGCAGUCAACCAGGGCCUGCCCUGGAGCUGGCACACGCUGCAGAAACUGGACUUGUCUGGUAACGAGAUCCAGACCCUGGACCCAGCCGUAUUCCACUGCCUGCCCAACCUACAGAUCCUCAAUCUGGAGUCCAACAAGCUGUCCAACGUGUCCCAGGAGGCAGUGUCUGCCUGGAUAUCCCUGACCUCCAUCAGCCUGGCGGGUAACGUGUGGGAAUGUGGGACAGGCAUCUGCCCACUGGUGGCUUGGCUGAGAAACUUUCGAGGCACUAAAGACACCACCAUGAUAUGCAGCAGCCCAAAGCAUCUCCAGGGAGAGAAGAUCAUGGAGGCUACGAGGAACAACGGAAUUUGUGAGGAAACGGACUACUUCCAGACAGAAACUCCUUCCCCGACCCCAGAUUUCAUUGAGACGACACCCGACCCAACCCCUGCUCCCACCAGCCCCCCUCCACCCCUGCCUCCACCUACCACCCUGGUCCCCCUACCCCCACCUCGGCCUCAGCCCCUUCCCCGCCCCACCUUCCCAAGCCGGGUAGGAAUUGACCCUAGAGACUCCCCUCCCAAGGCUCCACCCUCCCUCCGCAGCCUAGUGGUGACUCAGCCCCCAGAGCUGGAGCUCAUGUCCUUCCACAAGGUAGUGGUGGGCAGCGUGGCGCUCUUCUUCUCCAUGUCGCUCAUCCUGACCGUCAUCUAUGUGUCGUGGAGGCGCUACCCGAACGCUGCACGGCUCCUGCAGCAGAGCUCCGUGGUGGGCCGCAAGCGACGGAAAAAGAGCCCCGAGCCAGAGCAGAACCUGAGCUCCCAGCUGCAGGAGUAUUACAUGAGCUACAACCCGGCCGCCACCCCGGAGGGUUUGGAGGUGCUCGGCAACGGGACUGGCUCCUGCACCUGCAUCUCUGGCUCCAGGGAAUGCGAGAAUGAAUACACGUGUCCCCGACCAUUACCUGGAGCUUGGCUUGGAGACGUACCCACCAUUCACUAGAAGAUGUAUGUUUAACCAGCCCAUUGCUAACUUGCAGAGGAAUCAGGCUCUACAACACUACAGCUUCUCCAUUACUGUCUGUUCUGGUCCUACAGUGGCACUCUCUAAACGUCUACAAACACACUUCAAAGUAUACCUCCACGAGCCCAUUGACAAUCUAAUAUAGGAGCAAGAAUGACUUUCAUGAUUUCUAUCACACUGAAUAUUUAUGUUUUCUUUUCUUUUACAAGGUCUCUAUACUCUUUCUGACUGGUUCUCAGCUGCCAUAGGACAGUGUUCAUCCAGCUAUGACCUAGGUUGCUGUUAACGCACUGGCCACUUUAACCCUUUGAUUAGCCAAUUGUGCUAGUCCAGAUUGAGGGGGGUUGAAACACUUCGCGUCUGCAGCACCUCUCUGACCGUUGCCAUGGAAACUUGGGACUCUGACUUGGCGUGUGACACAAUGGGCAGUGGAACCCUGUCACUCUGCUGGAGGCUGGCGACGUGGAAAUGGGCUGUGGAGCUUACGGAACAUUACAGCUAAUGAAGGUGACAAGUGACCGCCCAGACAUUUCACCGUGAAGUUUCAGCCAUGCAAUCUCCAUGAUUUUUCUUUGCUGUUGAACAACCCGUUAUUUGCAGCUGUGGUUUCAAAAAAUAUUCAUUAUUUCUAUUCCGUCAAGAUGGCUUCAAAAUAAGCUAUUCUCUGAUUUGCGGCUCAGAAGUAUUUAUGUGUAUUUUGUUUGCUUUACAAGUUUACAGCGUGCACCUGUCUGUUGAGUAAUAUUUGAGUUAAGCUGUCAUUGUUCAUCUAGUCCCCUGGGGAGCUGGAGGUAGUUUUCUAAAAAGUCUAGUCUGGAGAACAACUGAUCCUCUUGCCAAUCACACCUGGUGGAGGACUCAAUCUAUCCCCAGACACACAGACAACUGUAAUUACACACCUUGGCCCAUAAUCAGGACAGGAAAUAAAAUAAAAAGUAAAACUGUGUCUCAAACUUCUCAACUGUAGUAUAUGACUAUUUCAAGAACAGAAAAUAUACCAUCUUUCUCUGACAACAAAAGCCUUUAGGGGUGGGUGUUUUGAGUGUCUCUGGGCUCCAUUCAGUCAGCGUGAUUGAAAUUUAAAGGCAAUUUUCCCACGUUAGUGUAGACUGCAUUCACGGUAAACGCUGCAUAUGUCGGCUUAAUCGUAAAUUACCUUUACAUUUUCAUUGUGCAAUCUGUAACGCUUCAGCAAUACAGAUUGAAUCCAGCCUUCUGUCUCGUGGGGACUGGGGAGGACUCUAUCUGUGGUUGUUCUGUCACAUUAAGAGAGGACCAGAGGAUUUCACAGUGAAACCAUUUCAAAGCAGAGUUCCCUCUGGGGUAAUACUCACUGAUAUGAGACUAUUGCCAUAGGGUCAGAGCACUAGAGGGAUGGAUGUUCUUUAUCCAAUCAGCUCUUUUGUUUGUGUGUGUGUGUGUGUGUGUGUGUGUGUGUGUGUGCGUUCGUUCAGUGGAAAGAUGAACGUUCCAGAGAGGAUUCCUCGGAUUCCUCUGUAAUCUUUGAAGAUGGACGAAGCCUCAACUCUCUCCUGUUCUUAUAGUACUACAGUGCUCUUCUGCCAAAUCAACGUGCGUGUCUGUGUGGGUGGGUGUGUGGGUAUGUGUGUAUCUGUAGUGUGUCUUCAUGCAUGAGUGUGUUUGCAUUUCUUGAUAGUGUGUUUGAGCAAGAUACAGUAUUAUGUACGUGUGCCACAAAUACAGUUCAUGCCACUUCUAACAACUUAUGAGUAACGCUGAAUACAUGUGACAACAUCAAGGAUAUGUCAAAUCCCAUUUAACACUAGAACCGCUGGGCUUCUCAGCAUACAAGUACACUCCAUAGGAGAACCCUUAGAAGAACCCUUUUUGGUUCCAGAUAGAACCCUUUUGGGUUCCAUGUAAAACCAUUUCCACAUGGAACUCAAACGAGUUCUACCAGGACAAAAAGUGUUUUCCUAAGGGGACAGCUGAAGAAGCCUUUUUUUUUUUAAGUGUACCCGCUAGAGAACUGUGACCCAUUGAGAUUCAUCUACUGUGUUGUUAUCAACCUAAAUACCUGUAAAUACCAACAUAAAAACUACUUCAACAUGUAUUUUAAAUACAUUUUAUCAAUUAGAUUAGUAGUGAGUAAUAGAAUCCAUUAUCAGAUAAUUUUUUUACAAAGGACAUUUAAACAUUCUGACAGCUGAGCAAUGUAAAAUACAAAUAUUAAGGGAAAGUCGGCGAUGAAGCAGGAUGUUGCUUUAUUUUAAUUACAAAAUCAAACGGCAGUGGGCGUUGCCCUUUGGCAGUUCUAGUGUUCAAAGGAUGUAUUACAUUUCAGUGUGUGUGUGCUUGUGUGUACAGAGAGAUUGAGAGGGAUGGGGGAGUCAUUAGUUUCACCUGUUUUGUUCUUCGUAUGUGUUCAAAAUGGGGUUAAGCUUGGAGGUGUUUUCCUCGUCAAAAGAGUAUUAAUGGAUUUCUACACUGAAAAGAUAACUAUUUUGUACUGUAUAUUUCUGCUUUCUCCCCCCGAACAUUUUAUAAUUAACUGUACUAUUUGUUCACUGAAAACUGUUCUGUUUUAUAAUGAAAAUGAUGUCUGAGUCAAUGGUGAGCAAUAUAAAUUGAUAAAAUGGAAAUGUCAUUGAUCCUUUUUUCUACCAUACUGUAAUGGAAACCAUAUACAUUUGUUACGGAGCUGUUCUCCAGCAUAUGGAUUUUCAGGGUGUACAUUAAAUAAUAAAACUGAAGGAAACGUGAGCAUGAGCACACCAA